AUUUUAGUAGAUAUUUUAUUUAAACACUGCUUUGGUCCAAUAAUUUCAUUUAAUCUAAGUUUUGUUUCAUGUAACGUGAUAUGGACGAUAAUACUCAAAAGAUUUUAUGCGUAAAUAUAUUAUUUGUGGGAGUGUUUCCGGUUUAAAAAUGAUUCGGUUCAUACUUAUUCAAAACAGGGCUGGGAAGACCCGGCUGGCCAAGUGGUACAUGCAUUUUGAUGAUGAUGAAAAACAGAAAUUAAUUGAAGAGGUCCAUGCAGUCGUUACUGUCAGAGAUGCUAAACACACAAAUUUUGUUGAGUUUCGUAACUUCAAGAUAGUAUACAGACGUUAUGCUGGAUUAUAUUUCUGUAUAUGUGUGGAUGUCAGUGACAACAAUCUAGCAUAUUUGGAAGCUAUACACAACUUUGUAGAAGUCCUCAAUGAAUAUUUCCAUAAUGUUUGUGAACUGGAUCUAGUCUUCAACUUUUAUAAGGUAUAUAGUGUUGUAGAUGAGAUGUUUCUGGCUGGAGAAAUCAGAGAGACUAGCCAAACAAAAGUUUUAAAGCAAUUGUUGAUGCUUUCUUCAUUAGAAUAGUGCUUACAAAAAUCACCGGGAUUCUUCAUUCAUCAUUGAAAAGCUGCAAUCUAAGUUCUCAGCAAUCUAAGUUCUCAUGAUAAAUUCUACAAGUUAGGAAAAUCACUGACUGUAGUUUAUGUAUAACAGUGAUUUUUGCUUAACAUUUAACUUGCUGUAUUUCUUACAUGUCCUUCUAUAAAUUUGGUAAAGUCCAUUCAGACUAUUAGGGAUUUCAGUAUCUGAGUGCAUGUACAAAAAUUGAGCUAACAAUAGUAUAGAGCCUGGCCAGCCUGAACCAACUUGUAGGCUGGCCUGGCUCCAUACUGGUUGGUAUGGAUAGCCAUUUUCGUUUCAGCUGAUUAAAGGAUUCCAAAUACUAGGUACAACCUGUCAUGUUAUGGCGUUUAUUGAAUAUCUAUUUUUAAGAGUGAUUGCAAUGAUUGAUGUUUUGUUGAAAUUUGAUUAUCUCAAAUUUAAAUUAUUUAAAUUUUUGAAAGAUUAUAAAAUAAUCAGAAAUGCAUAUUAAACAUGGUCGCAGUAUAAUGAACAACUUAUUUCAGAUAAGAAUAUGUAAAAAUUUUAUUUUAACUUUUUGAUUAUUCUGAUUGUUUAUAUUUUUUAAAUUCAGAUUUAUAGGAAGUACAAAAACUAUUCUGAUAAUUGCUGAUAUGUUUUAAAUGUAACAAGAUAGAUGUCACAGUAGUUUUACAAUGGUUGCAAAUAAAUAUUUAGGUGGAUUUUAUGAAUUUGGUCAAACUUAGAUGAUCUUGUAUAUCAUAUCUGAGUCUACAAUAAAGUGAAAACUAAAUUUAGAUUACUUUACUUUUAUGUAAAAUGCAGUGAAAAAUACUUGGGACUUUUACAAGUUUUCAUACAAUGUAAAUGUCCUAUACAUGGAAACACAUUUAAUACUAUGUUAUAAUCUGUUUUUGUAUGUUUUAUUGUGCAAUUUCUUAGAUACAAUACAUGGAACAUAUUGUAAUUAUCUGUAACCAUGUCCAUUGUCAUUAAUGGUCCAUCUAAUAUAAGGAUAGUACAGUAGAACUUGUGUAAAAAGGCCACUGAUAUUUCUCUUAAUGAAGUGUUCUAACAAUGGAUGAACCUGAGAGAACUAUUGAAAUAAAUUCACAGAUAAACAACUUUCAAAUUAAAUGAACUCCGCAUUUCAUGAACGUUUUUCUUCGUAUUUGAAUAAAUCUACAUUCCAACACUUUUCAAUUUCAAAUAAAUUUCGUUCAUAUCAUGGCGUUCAUAGUAUUAUAUAAUUGUAUCUUUUUGUAUGCAUGUAAGUUUAGAAUAUACAAUUUUGUUUGAAUAACUGUGGUUAUAGGAAUCACUGUACCUUCUUGUAGUUCAUGCAUUUGUAUGGAGAGAGAACUUUCACUUAUUUUGUACAUAAAUAUUGUAAUAUAUAUUAAUUUUGAAUAGAUUAUGUUAUAGACAUGUACUUAAAUUGUGCAAAUAAACAAUAAAUGUGCA